AUGGGCUCACAGAAUAAUUCUAAGAAGAAAGUAUCAAAAAACAAAUCCCGUAAACCUACAUCUUUUGAUCCCCUUAGUGUCACUGAAUCUUUAGGCUAUCAAACUCAUCGAAAAAACGGUAGAAAUGUUUGGUCAAAAGAAGAUGAUGAAAAAUUAAUAUCUUUAGUGAAUGCCUCUUAUAAGAUAUUAGGCUGCCCAAAUGGGAUUGAGGAUGUUAAAACAAUUCAGCAAUCCUUUGAACUAACAAAAAAAAUCAGAUGGGAUCAAUUUGUUGUUUAUUUUCAAGAUAGAACAAGAAAAGCCAAAGAUUUAAAAAAGAGGUGGUCAGGUUCCUUAGAUCCCAACCUAAAGAAGGGGAAAUGGACAUCUGAAGAAGAUUCGCAGUUAUUAAAAGCAUAUGAAAAACAUGGGCCACAUUGGUUAAGUAUCUCUAUGGAUAUUAAUGGCCGUACGGAAGAUCAAUGUGCUAAAAGAUACAUGGAAGUAUUAGGUCCAGAAAGUAAAGGUAGAUUAAGAGAUUGGACAGUAGAAGAAGAUUUAAAAUUAAUUAGUCAAGUGAAAAUUCAUGGGACAAAAUGGAGGCAAAUAUCUACUCAGAUGAAUUGUAGGCCGAGUCUGACAUGUAGAAAUCGUUGGAGAAAAAUCAUUACUCUUGUAGUUCGAGAUCAAGCAUCUCCUGAAAUUACAAAAGCUGUUAAAGAAAAUAAAGCUAUUAAUGAAUCUUUAGCUGGUGGUCAUCCAUCAAUUCAAGGGCUAAUGACUCAAAAAGCCCAAUCGUCUGAUGCUGAAAAUGAUGACCCUCAUAAUGAAAUAUCAUCAUCUUCUAUUCAUAUUCCAAUAAAUUUUAGUAGUAAAAGUAAGCCUACUGAUGAUAAUAUUCUUAUAAAGCCAGAUGAUAGCUUGAUCCUAGAAAAUCCAGAUUCCAUAAAUGAUUUUCGAGUGGUGAAUAAAGAUGAGAAUAAUAAAGACUCCCCUCAUUUUUUUACAAGCUUCGACAGGCUUCGGUCACUGUCAAGCAUAGACAAAGAAGGUCGUAUAUUAUCACCCUCUCCAGACCACCUGCAUGAAACACUUAAUAAUAUUGAUUCUGCUACAAAUUCACACAAAUUAGUUGAGAAAGCUAAUUGUGCCAGUGAUAUGAAUUCUCCCUCAAUGAAUCCUACUCAUUUGGAAAAAUCACCAAUGCAUAAUUCCCUUACGAAAAAGCACGUAACGUCUACUUCUGAAUGGACAUAUAAUCUAAAUGAUUCAAAAGAUCUGCCGAUUUCAAACGGUGUCAUAAAUACCCCCGAUCUAGUAAAAGAAUUGGUAAAACAAGCAAAACUGCAUAAUUUGAACAUUAUUAUUAAUCAGCACGUUCACAAUCAUUACACUAAUGUAACUAAUAAUAGGUCACCUUCUGAUAACCAUAGCAAUACUGGAGGUAUGAAUAAUAGUACGAGAUUAAGCAAUUCUCAAACAGAAAAAGAUUUGUUAAAUCCUCCUACUUCUUCUACAACUACCACUGAUUCAAUUCUCACAUUCCAAGCGUAUAUGCCCUCAAGAACUAGCAGUACUACGCCAACUGCUAAUUCAGAUUAUCCUUUAGAUACUCCAUUAAUGAAGGGUGAAACACCAAAUUAUUAUGAGAAAGAAUGGUUUUCAAAAAGCCCGUUUGCCUCAGGGGUGAAUAGUUUACUCUCACCAUUACCCCAAACAGAUUUUUUAAACUAUUCAAAUAGUCAAAACUCUAGCACUAGCAAUAAUAAUAGUAAUAUUAGAAUAAAAGCUGAAGACAUUGCUUCUUAUAAUAAACAACUGACUUUGAGUAAAGUUUCUUCUCCUUCAUCUAUUAAUAACUUUGACAUUGAAAAUCUUAACCUAGUGGCACAUAACAACUCUCUGAACAUGCAUUCUCAUAAUGAGCAUAGUAAGUCUACUCAGUUAGAUGUCGAGCCUAAUAGAAUUUCGCACUUUAAUUAUUUAUCACCUGCUUUAAGACCUCAAUUAGGGUCAUCUAAUCUUAAAUCAGGGCGUUCAGCUAAUUUGGGAAGAAUUUUAGGCCCUCUUUCACCAUCAGGGAACAUUAAAAACAAUUUAUUAUAUAUAAAGAAACAAGAUCUUUCGAGGUUGACUAAGAGCAUGUCAAAUUCACCAAUCUUACCGGAUCCUAACUUGACUAUAGAUAUGAAUAUGAGCAAUAUAACUACUUCUGUAAAACAAACAUCAAUACCUCUUAAACACUCCAGAUCGCUAUCGUCAAUGAACUCACCAUUAUUUACAGAAAAUGAAGGAUUCGAAUUUUGGGAAAGUCUGAAAGGAUUGGCAACCGUUGCCAGUUCACCUGCAUUAUCUGGAGCAAAUUCAAUAAUUGAAUCUACUUCAAGAGAAAAAAUGGCAUUGCCUGAACUUAAUUUGCAUGAAAAAAAUACUAAUACACAAACAGAGACUACAGAUAAUGGACUACUAAAUGGCAUUAAAUCUACUGAUAUAGAAAAGGGCGAUGAUAAAGAUAUAUGA